UGUUUUAUUCCGUGGCUUUUGAUGCAGCUACAGAGACGCAAGUUGUUCGUGACCCACCUGAGCUUUCUCGCGCAUGCGCUGCAGCGCCCAGCGAGAGCGAGAGAGGCGCGAUGGCCGCAGAAAGUCCUCCGCUGCUGUCUCUGGUGGAGGAAUUUGUCUCCGGACUACAGGACAGCAAGGCAAAGGAUGCUGCCACAGGUGUGAGAGAUGGACGGUUCACGGUCCUGCAGCUGGUGGAGGCGCUGGGGCAGAGCCUGACUAGUUCUCAACCUCACACUCGGGCCCGGGGGGUGCAGCUGCUCUCUGACGUUUUACAGGAGAAUCACACGGCGCUAACAGAGAGAGAAGUCGAACUGCUCCUCGCCUUCUACGAAAACCGCCUGAAGGACCAUUACGUCAUCACGCCGCCUGUUUUACGAGGCCUCCAAGCGCUGACAAAAUCCAGACUGCUGCCUCCUGGUUCAGCCGUGUCGAUGCUGCGGUCCUUGUUUCAGGACGUCCAUGUUCAGUCACUGAUGCUGGCAGAGCGAGCGUGCGUCUACAACAUGCUCAUCAACCUGAUGGACAGCAGGGAGGACGAACUGAAGGGUUUGGGCGCCGAUUUUGUUUUCGGCUUCGUCCAGUCGAUGGACGGGGAGAGGGAUCCCCGCAACCUCCUGUUAGCUUUCCAGAUUGCCAAAAACAUCGUAGUCCGAGGAUACAACAUGGGCAAAUUCACGGAGGAGCUGUUCGAAGUGACGUCCUGCUACUUCCCCAUUGACUUCUCCCCACCACCCAACGACCCCCACGGCAUCACCAAAGAGGAACUCAUACAGGCCCUGAGGGCCGUCCUCACUGGAAGCCCUACAUUUGCAGAGUUCCUGUUGCCCCUCAUCAUCGAGAAGCUGGACUCAGACGUUCAGAGCGCCAAGCUGGACUCGCUGCAGACUCUGGCCGCCUGUGUGGGACAGUAUGAACACAAGGAUCUGGCUGAAUUCCUGGAAGGACUGUGGACCUCUCUGCGCAGAGAGGUGUUCCAGACAUCCAGUGAGAAGAUCGAGUCGGCAGCCCUCGCUGCUCUCACCGCGCUCACUUCCUGUCUGUCUCGCUCUAUUCUCAACUCCGACUCUGAGGACUCCCUCAGCACCUUCCUGGACCUGCUGCUCAGAGACUGCAAGCACCACCUGUUUGAGCCUGACUUGAAGCUGGUGUGGCCCAGCGCUAAGCUGCUCCAGGCCGCCUGCAGCGCCUCCUACAGGGCCAGCCACAUUAUAACAGCCGCUGUCAUGCCCCCUCUGGUGGAGCAGUACAACAGCAAGACGCAGUGUUCCCACAGACGGACGUUGUUGGAAGUGGUGCAGCGAUUCAUUCAGUCAACAGCUGGCUGUCAGUCUUCAGACCACGACGAGAACCUGUUCUCAGCGCACAAAGACUCUCUGUGCAGCGUGGUGUUUUCAGCUCUGUCUGAAAGUAACUCCAGCCUCCAGAUCACCGCUACCUCCGUGCUCACCUCCCUGGCCCAGCAAGCAGGUGUGCUGUCAGACGCCGACAUCGAGCUGGCUGUGGAUCACCUGACCAGGCUGCUGCUGACAGACGAGGACGAGAGAGUCAGCCUGGCCGUGGUGGAGUGUGCCGGAGCCUUGGCCGAGCAGCACCCCGCCGCCUUCAUCGCCAAACUCAUCCCAACGUUAAAGGAGGAGAUGUUUUCUGACCAAAGAGAGGCGUCUGAGCUGCAUUCCCAUCAUGCAGUGCGUCAGCGCUGUCUGGCCGCUCUGGCCGCAGUGUCCGUCCGAGCCGGUGUUGUCCGGGAGAGCACGCCGGUCCUCCUGGACGUCCUCAGCUCAGCACACGCCGAUCCCAGCCGUUUCUCGGCGGACGAGGCGGCGCACGCGUGCCUGAGCCUUCAGAGGAUAGCGGAGCGGGCGCAGGACGACGAGGAGACGGGCCGAUGCUUUCACGACGUCGUCAUCCCGCGCCUGCUGUCCCUGGCGCUCCAAGCCGCCCUGCAGAAGACGUCACCAGGCAGCGGUAGUCCUCUGGUGGAGGAGGCGGUCCUGUCUGCUAUGGUUCCUGUAAUCAGUACCGCCUGCUCCCGGCUGCACGCCACGUUCGCAGAGCAGACGGCUUCGAGGGCCGUGUCUCUCUUCCUGGACGGCGACGUCUCGUUUUUACCCGACAACUCCUUCCCCUCGCACAUUCGGCCGCUCCAGAAGCAGAAGCAGCAGGAGGAGGAGGAGGAGGAUUGGUGGCGUCAGUCCCAGCUGGUGUGUCUCCUCAUGGCCUGUGUGUGUUCGUUACCCCGCAGUGUGGAGGUGCCCCAGGAGGAGCGCUUGCUGUCUGAGCUGGAGGAGCUGAGCUGCAGCUGCAGCCACCCGCUCUCCUACACGUCCGCUGCCAAGUGCUUCGCCGGCCUGCUCAACAAGAAGCCUCAGGGUGUUUCUCUGGACAGCUUGAUUCAGAGAACGGUGAAGAGGCUGGGCAGCGAGCUGGACCGUCCCUCCUCGCCGAUGCGCACCCAGGCCUUCACGCUUCUGAUCUGGGUCGCCAAGGCUCUGCUGCUGCGCUACCACCCUCUGUUCUCGACGCUGACCGACAAGCUCUUCUCCCUGCUCGACGACGCCGACCUCGGCCCGGCGGCCGCCGACGGCUUCUCGCUGCUGAUGAGCGACUCGGCCGACGUCCUGAACCGCGGCUGCCACGCCGACGUGCGCAUCAUGUACCGCCAGCGCUUCUUCAGCGAGAAUUCAGCCAAGCUGGUGCAGGGCUUCAACGCCGCGCCGCAAGAGAAGAAACCCAACUACUUGAAGGCUCUGUCUAACAUAGUCAAUAAGCUCCCGAAGCAGGUCCAGGUCUCUGAGCUGCCAGCACUCCUGUCCCUGCUGCUAGAGGCCUUAACAUGUCCUGACGAGGGCGUCCAGCUGUCCACCCUGUCCUGCCUGGAGCCCGUCCUCAUCAACCCCCCGCAGGUCCUGAUACAGCAGCUGGAGGCCUUGGUCACCAGGCUGCUGGCCCUCAUCUGUAGCCCAGCCAUGAAAAUUCGCAUUGCUUCAAUACGAUGCAUUCUCGCUGUCUCCCAUUUCCCUGCACACGAGGUGUUGCCGUUUCGAGCGCGCGUGCUGCGAGCGCUAGCCCCGCCUCUGGAUGACAGGAAGAGGCUGGUGAGGAGAGAGGCGGUCCAGGCCAGAGGAGAGUGGUUCCUGUUAGGAAGCCCUGGUGGAAGGUGAUGCUGCCCCUGAUCUGUGACCGUAUUCACUGGAAAUAAGGAACUCCAGAACCAAGUAUUAGAGCAGUUUCUGCUCUGCAGCUGCGUCUCGCUCCCACCUCCUGCCCCUCCAUCUCCUUUACUCAGAUACGUGUCCGUUUCAGCCGCCUGACUUCACCAACAGAGCCUAUUGGACUGUUUUCUAGAUCCAUGAAUAGAAUAAUGAAGUGUCUGGUCCUUGGUUAUUAUAAAUUUAGCAACUUAUCUGAAUAGCUGAGCUCCCACGGGACGCCUCAGAAACCAUGCGAUGUGUCACAAAUGCUGGGACUGAAUGAUAAAUCCUUCCUCAUGCACAGAACCAGACCAUCAGCUGAUUGUUCAUUUACGAGCUCAAAGUGUUUUUCCGCUCCAGACUGUAACUAUCAGUCGUCUAGACUGAGCACCACGUUAACCUUUGAUUAAUCCAUUUAACAUUGUCCAUUGUUUAUUUUGUUUUUGUUAAGAUAUUGGACGCAGUGUCACGAAACUGAAGACAUUGAGUGCAGUGGCUGACUGUGGAACAUGGCUGGUUGUGAUAUAAGUUCAUUUUUUUUAUUAAGCUUUUUUUUUUAAUGAUCUAAAAGGCAAUAAAAUAAUUUAAAUUUUGA